AUGACCCGCCGCUCUCGUAAAGCGAGCUGCCAGUCAUCUAGCGACAGCGAGUAUUCCGAGAGAGAAGGCACUGAAGACUGUGGAUCCGACACUGAUUUGACAGAACCUGAAGAUGAGGCAUAUCAACCAUGCAAUGCUGGCGAUGCGAGCUUACUCUUCGCCGAUAAUGAGUACACAGCAGAGUACUACAUCCAGCAACUUCAAAACUUCGAUGAGACGGUCUACACGCAGGAAGACUAUGGCAAAGGCACUACCGCUCUUCUCAACCGCAUUGAGGAAAAAUGGUCUCAGUUAGUUCUGCUUUCCAUUCUUCCCCUUCCUUUCUACUGGAGACUCUUGAUCUCACUAAUGUAUCACCAAGGUUCUGCUGUUUCAUUCGGAAAGAUCCCAACGAGGAAUACAACCGCCUAUCGAUCCCGAUUUUAUACAACUUUCUUGAAUGGGCUCUCAAUCUACGACGUGGUAAAAAUGGGAGAAGGCUUCCAGGAAUCAAGUGCAAAAGCUCCUUGGAUACGUUUUGGAAAGUAUUUCGGCUAG